AUGGAUGGAAACAUGGAUGCUCGUGAGUUUUCUCAGUUCCAGCUUUCUGGCAAUUCCGCUACUGAUCUGGGGCUUACACUCUCCCCCGGGUCGCAGCAACUGUCAAACCUUCAGACUGGCCAGCAGGCCAACACCUUUGAUCCCAGCUUCGACUUCGAAGUUGCCAUUGACUUUGAAGCCCUUGGGAACACCGACUGGGCCUUUGAUGGCUUUCAGGGCCCCAGGAAGCGUGGCAGUGAGGACGCCUUUCCUGCCAACUCGACCCCUUCUGCCCUGAAGAAGCAGCACGUUGAAAUGGACCAGCAGCAGACCAACACUUCCUUUGGUCUCGAUAACAUCGAUGCUCUUUUCUGCGAACCUGCAGCUCUUGACGGUGGCUCUACUCAACCUCCUGCUGUUUUCCAUGACGCGACCGCCAAUCCCAUCGCUUGCAACAACAGCCUUCCGACCAGUCCUCUCGGGAGCCAGACUUCGCAGCUUGCGACCAUGCCUAACAAUACGUCUGGUCCUCCCGGCAGCAACGUCUCGUCCCAUGAGUUGCAGACCUUUUCCUACCCUACUGCCCCUGCGAGCUGCAAGGCCAAAAACAAGUUUGCCGUUGGCCAGCAGGACAUCAUGAACAAUAACACCGGUGAGACGAUCCGCCGCCCAGGUCUGAAAGCCAACCAUGCUACGCCGUACACGAACACCGGCUACUUUCCUUCGACUCCCGCCCAACACCCCAAGGUCAUUGCAGUCAACUCGAGAAACCUACACGGGCACGUCCUGAACCUCAAUCGCCGGUUGAGCGAAAUCACAUCGGAGCGUGACAUGUACAAGAAGGCUUUCCAGAAGUUCAUGGCCCUCGAUGAAGGCACUGGGCAGCCCGCGCACAAGAUUCUUGAGGGGCACCUAGCUACGGCUCGCCGCACUCUUUCAAUCACUCAGCGCAAGCUCAGGGAGAAGAAUGAAGAACUUGAGCUAUCCAAGAAGCAGUACGAGGCUCUGGGGCUGAAAUUCAACGAACUACUGACAGACUUCCACCGUCUGCUCAACCAUGUCCGCCAGAUCACCCCCGAGUCCACGCCGGGUGACCACCAAACCGUGCACCGGAUGGGCAAUGCGCAGCUUCCCGCCACGAUUUCGGUAUCCUCGACUCAGGCUUCUCCGACUGCUGAAAGCCCCCCUACCUCUAUCCAUGUGCAGAUGUCCGCUGCCCCCGUUUCGAAUAAAACCACCAUCUCUUCGUCUCUGUCCGGCAAUCGUCAGACUGGCCGUCCCCAGCAUGCUCUGACUCACACACCCACUUCUCCUGUGACCCCCCAGGCCACUACCCUCGUCGAUUUGACGAGCGACUCUGACGAGAGCCCCGUGAGUGCUUUGAUGACCCAGUCCCCGGCUUCGGCCCCAGCCCUGGACCCUGUUAACAAGUUUGCCGAAUUCUACCGGUCGUUCAGAAACAAGGAGUUCAAGUGGUUGCACCAGCAGGAGCCCACCUCGGAAACGAUUAUCCGCGAGACGAACAAGAAGAACAAGACGGCUGAACCGAAGAACGCCAUCGCCGUGCUCGACGACGACGACAUGAAUAUCAACACCCAGCACGCCCUCUGUGAUAUCCAGAAGGUAAUUCGCAAGGAACUUGGUAGCCCCUUCUGGUCGUCCGAAGACGGGGCUAUUGCCACCCUCGCUACUCCCUCCAAGAGCGCUUCUUCCAAGACCGCCAGCUCCCUUGUGGCUCCCAAUGCCACCGUCGCCAGUGUCAAUGAGCCCACCCGGUUUGUCAACCGUUCUUCCCAGCCUGGUCCCAACACCAUGGAGGCUUUCCCCAUUUCAAUCCAGGCUAAUGUUUACCUCAAGGAUACCGAUAUUGCUACGAAAAAUUCUGAUGGCGGUGCUACGAUCCACCUGUCCGAUGAGCAGAUUUGCCGUCUGCUCGAGGAGGAGAUGAUGCGCGAAGACUGA